AUGCCGAUACCAUCUUCAACGUCGACACCAUUCCCCACCAUCCCUUCGUUCAUCGUCUCCACCAUCCUCGCGUUCGUACCUACUGUCAUGGCGAGGGGCUCAACCGCACCAUCCUCCAUCCCUCAGGUGGAUUUUGGGAAGAUGGGUACAGUGGGUCUGGGAGGAUCGUUCUCAGGUUUAGAUUGGUAUUCAUCUGAUUCACCCUUCGCAUCUUCCUCUUCCUCCUCUUCCUCUUCCUCAUCCACUCAAUCAUUCUCAUCAAAGGGAGAUACCCUCUUUUAUCGAACUGAAGAUGGGAUAUUUAGAGCAUUGGGAAGUACGAAUGACGGCGGGAUCAUCAACUCGUUAUGUUGGUCUUCGUCACCCGACUCUUCAAAUGGGAACGGAACGUUAUUCAUAGGAGGGACAUUUACCUCAUUGAGUGGCGUAUCAGCGAAUAAUGUAGGAUCAUUCUCAUUAUCGACAAAUACAUUUUCAGCAUUGUCAUCGGGAUUAUCAGGAAAUGUCAAUACGUUAUAUUGCGAUGACGAUAAUUCCGAGAUAUGGUUUGGAGGUUCGUUCAACGCUCCAACAGGUCAAGGUGGGAAUGUAGCUUUAUGGUCGACAUCCUCAUCCGCAUGGACAAAACCUUCUUUUGGUGGUUUGAACGGUGUCUUACAGAGUAUAACACCUUCAUCGGACAAGAAGAGUUUAUAUUUCGGUGGUGAUUUCACUACGACCUACUUAUCAACUUCUUCACUCAAUUCAACUUCUCGAACAAAUAUCACUUCUCAACCCAAUGCACCGAUCAAUACGACAACUGUAGGGCAAUCAGGAUAUUUGACACCGUUGACUAUCUCUGCUAGUGCUAGUGAUUCAGCGCAAUACCAGAUACAAGCUGGACCUAGUUCAAGUCUGAAUCAGGAUGGACAGAAUUACGGUGAUACAAAUGGAUUGUUAUGUCCAGGUACAUCGACAUGGUUAGCACAAGAGAAUACUAUAUCAAAUGUCAACUUGGUAGGAGAUGAGUAUCUACCAGCUACUGGAGUAAGGAUGGUGAACGGACAUGAAAAUGGAAGAUCAACGACAUAUUUCUGUUUCACCUCUUUACCUGAUUAUCAAGAACUCAACAUGACUUAUACCGAUCCAAAGACAGGUAAAAAUGAGACUUGCACGGAUCAUUGUCCGUUAUCUACCGAUUCUUCAAUCGCAGCUCAAGACUUCAUAUUUACUCAAGGUACACAUAACUUGACGGGAUUUGAAAUUCAACUUAAACAAUGGACUGGGGACGGUGCUGCUUUAAGUAGUGUUUCGCUGUUGACUGAUGGUGCCUACUCUUCUGCAACCGGUGCAGGCGCUUCAAGCACUUGUUCAUCAGGCAAAAAUAGUACUGUUCAAUCUGUUGGAGAUUGGUCAACCAAGACAGCCGCGACCGACUCUGCAACCGAAUCAUACCUCUCUUCAUCCGUUUCCACCCGUGAUCCAACCGAUGCUCAAGUCACUUUCUACCCAUAUGUCGGCUCAGCAGGCCAAUACGAUAUCUACGUUUUCAUCCCUGGGUGCAAGAACAUAGGAGAUUGUGAUGGAAGGACUUCAGUGGAUAUCGAAGUUUUCCCAUUGCAAGGUGGAUUAGGAUGGACUAGUACGAUCUCAGAACAAGUCGAUUACGAUACCCAGACCUUGGUUUAUUCCGGUCCUGUCGACGCUACUACCGACGCUUUCACACCUACCCUCAGCUUGGCCCUUGCUGCUAACCCUGCUGCACCAGCCAGAGGAAACAAUUACGUCGUUGUAGCUGAUCGAAUCCAACUUGUUCUCACUGGAAUCACCGAUUCGACAGGAUCGACCGUCUCUACUACCUCUUCUUCCUCGAAUGGCACUACCACGGCCGGAAGCUCCAUCACCAAUACUACUUCUAACUCGACCUAUAAUGUAGCUUAUGGAGUAUUCGAAUACCCUCGAUCGACCAACUCUUCCCUCAACGCCGCUACCUCUUCUUUGAGCAAUGAUACCGAAACCGCUCUUACUCGAUUAGGUUUCGGACUAGACGCAGCUCUCAAUGCCUCGGGCUCAGCGGCUUCAUCAUGGGUAGUCAACACGAUCGUGGCAGCCAAUAACACUGUCUUCGUCGGUGGUGACUUCUCGGCAUCUAACAACUACACCAACGUUAUCUCGAUAGAUACAUCCUCAGGUCAAGCUUCCGCACUAGCCUCCCAGGGUCUAAGUGGGAUUGUCAACACUGCUGCUGUGGUUGGCGGAUAUGUCUUCUUCGGUGGUGAUUUCACCUCUACUGCUUCGUCCGGCGGAGUCGCUCUCAACUACAUCGCAAGGUACGACCCCAGCUCGAAAGCUUGGGCAGCACUUGGUGGAGGCGUAGAUGGAUAUGUCACGGAUCUCUUAGCUUCGACAGCAUCGACCAACGAGCUCAUCGUUAUGGGUAACUUCUCUCACAUCGUUUCCUCCAAUGGCACUUCAACUGGGACAGGAGGGUAUGCAGUAUACGACGUAUCGACUUCAGAAUGGAUCAACACUGGUAUUGUCUUCGGAAAUGUCUCCGCAGGUGCCGUCCCAUCGUCUUCAUCAGGCGUUUCCUCCGAAUCCUUCUUUGCUGGAAAAGUGUACGGAACAGCUGGAAAUUCAGUAGGGGGAGUCGCGACUCUUUCAACCGACGACAAUGGAGAUGCAGUGAUUUCAUCUCUCAACGGUGUCAAUUUCGGUACUUCCGGUUCAGAACCUGUGUCCUCGUCACUACCUUCCUUAAGAAGAAGAUCAUCCAUCGUUGCCAGAGCGAGUCACUCGUAUACUCGAUCAUGGUUAGCUAGAUAUACCGAUGCGAUCGUCGAAAGGGCCCAUACGGUCUUGUCGAGUCGAGCUACACCACCUACUAUCCCCUCUCAAACUUCCCAGGCUCCAGCUGUACUGGCCGGAGCAUUCUGGACCAACUCUUCCGCUUCUGGUAAACCGACCAUCACGAUCUUAGGAGGUAACUUCACUUCGUCCUCCAGCGACGUCCAGGGCUUAGCAUUCUACAAUGAGAAGGACGGUGGACUUACUGGACCUUCCACUCCGCUCGAAGGUGUAGUCAAGACUCUCAAUGUCAUCGGUAACAACGUUUAUAUCGGAGGAGAAGCUUUAAAUGUACAGAAUGUAGGAAGUGGUUUGAUGGUGUAUGAUCUGAAAGCUGGGGAUUGGGUAACGGGAGGAAUGGCUUCCUUGAAUCCUCCAACCGGUUCCAAUAACGUCACCGUCAAUACUAUACGAACAAGAGGUAACACCAAUACUGUGGUCGUUGCUGGUAAUUUCGGUACUGCCGGUUCACUUGGAUGUGCGGCUGUAUGUCUCUGGGAUUCGAAAGAUGCUCAGUGGUCUACACCUGGUUCAGGGUUGAGUGGAGGUGAAGUUCGAGCGGUAGAUUUUGCUGGCGAUGCUUCCGAUACCCUUAUCGCCGCUGGAUCAUUCGCUCUUUCCUCUGGCGAUGUAGCCUACGUCGCUUCAUACAGCUUUACCAACUCGUCUUGGACUCCUCUCGGUACUUUACCCGGUCCAGCUCUAGCCAUAGCAGUGGACGACAAGAAUUCAAGUAAUAUCUUUGCAGCUGGCUAUUCCACUUCUGACGGUUCUUCUUACCUUCAACAAUGGAAUGGAGCCACUUGGACUGCUCAAUCGGAAUCGCUCGCUCCCGGAUCAUUAGUCUCUCAACUCGCAUUCGUACCUAUGAAAUCGGAACAUGAACCUCAAGGGUCAAUCGAGUCAGAUAGGAUGUUGAUGGUUUCCGGUGAUUUGUAUUUGGACAACUCAGGAAAUGUCACUUCGGCUUUAUACGAUGGAUCGACCUUCUAUCCUUAUCUCGUUGGAACUUCCUCCAGCGGUGAUCUUGGCAGUGGAUCUUCUUUGUUCUGGUCAGAAUCCGAUUUCUCCUUCAAAGUUCGACAUUACCUUGCGAGGGGUCUAGUGGUUUUGGUAGCUAUUGCCAUUGCGACUGGAUUGAUCUUGCUAUUGGUUCUGAUUGUUCUGCUGUUAACGUUCUGCUUUAGAAGGAGAGAGAGGAAAGAUCAGAAUAUCUAUAAUGACCAGAAGAAAACCGACUCGGACGUGGACUCAACACAUCAAAAUGUAUUUAACAACGUUCAAGCUGCCCUUGAAGCUUCUUUGAUAGGUGGUGGUCUAGCUGGUGCUGGUGCGGCGGCUGCGACCAAUAAACAUAAUAGGGUAUCAGAUCCAUCAAGUUAUAAUUCCGGUGCUUAUCCUAUCGGAUCAGAUGCGGAAGAAUACCCUCAGGAUGAAGAUGAAGAGCUCGAGGAGGAUGGAAGGGAGACAACGAUGAGAUAUGAUUUUGAUGGACCUGAUCUACAGGAAGGUGAAUUACCGAUGAAAGCUGGACAGAGGGUGAUCAUAGUAGAUGAUGAGCAGUCGACGGAAUGGUGGUUUGUUAGGGAUCCGCUGACGGGUAGGGAAGGGGUGGUACCUGCUACUUAUGUUUGGUAA